AAUGUUGCUUCAGGAUUGGGUUACAUCGACACCCGAACUAGUGAUAGGGAGUGAAGUAGUUGAGUGUGUCGACCGCUUCACUUAUCUUGGAAGUCUCAUCAGCCCUUGUGGUCUGGUGUGUGACGAAAUCUCAGCACGGAUACAGAAGGCUCGACUAGCUUUUGCCAAUUUGCGUCAUUUAUGGCGUAGGCGAGAUAUCCGUCUACCAACCAAAGGACGUGUUUACUGCGCAGCAGUUCGUUCCGUCCUACUUUAUGGCUGUGAAACAUGGCCGGUAAGAGUAGAGGAUAUUCGUAGGUUACUAGUAUUUGAUCAUAGGUGUCUUCGAAGUAUUGCUCGUAUAUCUUGGGACCAUCGAGUAAGUAACGCAACUGUUAGGAAACGGGUACUAGGUAAGGAUGGCAAAUCAAUUGAUGAAGUAGUGAAACUUCAUCAGUUGAGAUGGCUGGGACACGUGUUACGUAUGCCCAACCACCGACUACCUCGACGUGCUAUAUUCAGUGGUAUAGGAGUAGGUUGGAAGAAAGCUAGGGGCGGCCAGACCAAAACAUGGCACAAAUCCAUGAAGUCACUGACAAGUGGACUGAGUCAUGUUGGUAGGUGUAGACUACCUGGUUGGGGACCGCGAGAUGAUAGCAACCGAUGGUUAGAGACCCUGAAUGACAUGGCUCAAAAUCGAUUGCAAUGGCGCAGGUGCAUCCACUCUCUAUGUUCUCCCAAAUUCUAAUUAUCUGAAUCCUUCAUGCCCCUUUUUUUCCUCUUUCCAAAUUUAUUUCACUGGAUUAUACUCGUUAAAUAACAUCUCCAAACCCUAAUCUUCCCGAUUACUGCUUAUACUCUUGCUACCUCUACCACUACGGGAUUUGAAUCGACCACUGCAUCUCUGUGCUAAUGUGGUAUGGCAACUCGAACUGAUGUACGUACGUACUAAGUUCUACGUUGUUACUGACUGACUGACCAGGACAUUUGGGGGCUUUUUUUCUACACAGUAGGUGUUAAUAUCUGUAAUAAUAAAAAUUUAUCCUCCUUCAUAUAGUUUUAACAAUAUGAAUAAAUACGUAUAAAAAUAAAAUUACAUAGUAUAGUAACACUAUUGUGUAGGAUACCUCAAAAUAAUACUGAUUAAAGAGAGGAGAAUUUAUGCGUCAAUCUAGAAUAUACGAUCUCGUUUUAUGUGUUAAAUCUUUAUUUAUUUAUUUUCUAGAAUAACCUUGAAAUCGGUUAACACAUCUAGUAUGUGGAUUGUUGAUUCCAAUGAAUAUGAAUUAUAGUAUUUUAUAGUUUUAGUUGUAAAUCUAUCAUAUCAUACACUUCAUUUAUGUAAAGCGAAUUCUUC